CUUUGCUUCGAACGUCCAUGUGCGCGGAUGUCGCAGCCGUCUGUCCUCACCCUCUACAAGCGUCUCGAGACCAUCGGCAGAGGAGCCUACGGUUCUGUCUCUAAGGGCAUUCAUAUACCUACCGGGAACGUCGUCGCUCUCAAAAUCAUCGACCUCGACACUGCCGACGAUGACGUCGGUGACAUCCAACGCGAGGUGGCAUUGCUCUCGCAGCUGCGAGAUGCUCCUAACAUUACCAAGUAUUUCGGCUGCUACAUGGACGGACCUAGGGUGUGGAUCGCAAUGGAGUACGCCGACGGAGGCAGCGUGCUUUCCCUGAUGAAAGCAUCGCGGGGUGGCUGUUUGGAAGAAAAAUUCAUGGCGGUCAUCGUCCGCGAGGUGCUCAUUGGGUUGAGCUACCUCCACAAGGUUCCUGUCAUUCACAGGGACCUCAAGGCCGCCAACGUUCUCGUCAGCGCGACGUGCAAGGUCAUGAUAUGCGAUUUCGGUGUGUCGGCGCUGCUGGCAACAACGUCGAGCAAACGGAACACGAUGACGGGGACGCUUCACUUCAUGGCGCCAGAGGUACUGCAUACGAACCCGGCAUACGACGCAAAAAUCGACAUAUGGAGCCUGGGUAUUAUGAUAUACGAGAUGGCGAAGGGUUCCCCUCCCCACUCCAACCUUGCAAGUGCAGAAGCAAUUGUCGAUACUAUUUCGAAGAUGAAACCCCCUCGACUGCAGGAUAGUGAAGCUGGAAAGGACAUGAGGGACUUCAUGGCAAUGUGUCUCCGAGAGCUGCCCAGCGAGCGUUCAUCGGCGGACGAACUGUACAAAGCGAAGUGGAUGAAAUCCAAUGCGAAGGUUCCCAAUUCCAUUCUACAAGAAGCGGUUCGUCGUCUACACCAAGCUGGACCAAGGGCGAGUCUCGCAGGACCUCUAGCUUGGGAAAUCGACGAACUUGACGAGAACAGUGACGACGAGCGACCUUGGGAAUUCGAUACCGUUCGCGGGCGCCCAUUCGCCACAAUUGAAGACGACUUUAUUUCACUUGAUGCUGUUGAUGAAGAAAUGCCGCCUCCUCCACCACCUGCCGUGCGCCCUACACUUCCUUCUUCCCUUCGCGGUCUAUUCGAAGAUGAAUCGGCCCCAGAUUCCUUUAGUCACCAAUUAUCUCUACCCCAACGAGAUACUCCCAGCCCACCUGCACCGAAAUCAACACCUAGUCAUGACCGCACCAUAAAGGCGCCUAUCUCGCCCCUUGGGGGCUUCAUCCAAGGUCUCACUCACGACGUCGCUGAGACCGCACGAAAUUUCGUAUUCCCCAAGUCAGCUCGUUCAAGGUCUGGGUUAUCCAGCAUAUCGGGUUCUGAUGAUGAACGGUCGCAGCCGCCAGUUCCAUUCCCGUCACGAGGGGAGAUUAUACCUUCCCAAGAGCUGAAUACGCCUUUAACCAUCGACAUCGACAGAGCCGUAGAAGCAGCGCAGAACUCUGCGUCGUCUGCCCGGUCUGCCCAAUCAUAUCGCGACAUUCGGUCUACGCGGGGACUUGCUGAUAUUGAGAUACCCCCUCUUUCCCAAGAUACCAAGCCUAUUGAACUCUCAACGACACCCAAUGCUGCCCCAACAUCCGAUGCCCCGAGUUCGACACUUACAACAAGAACCCAUACACCUCUAAAACGCUCUCCCAUGCUGACAGACAGCGAGCCUCAAAGGGGCCGACGCCAGGUUGACCUGGCAUCCCCCACUGCGUUCCAAUUCCCCCCUUCCUCAUCAAAUUCUGCAUUAUCUGUUAUACAAUCCACGUUACCCUUACAACCACAGAGGGCACGCAAAGAUACGCCCCUGAGGAGGAAUCUGAGUCCCUCUCAGUCAUCCCAUCAGUCGACUUAUUCUCUAGACAUAUCAGGGAACGUACGGCAUGCACCAUCCUCUUCUAGCCCUCGAUCUUCUCCACCGAUAACCCGAACUCGGUCUGCGACCGCACUUCCAGAGACAGCCGUGUAUAAGGCAACGCCUCCUCCUCCACAAAGCCCAUCUCCGCCUCUAAUGCCUCCCGUCAAACCUUUUGCGGGGCGUCGCGAUCGCAGCGGCAGCGAUUCAAGUGGGUCCUAUAGAACAAACGGUUUGGGCACACCAGGGCUGAAGGAUGUCUUGAAGAUCCCUUCUCUCACUUCCGAACACCAACUUGGUCUGUCCGACCUGCUUCCCCCUUCACCAUCAGCAGCAGGUACAUCUACGCGAAAUUUCUCACCGACGCCUAGCCAUCUCAACCCUUCGACCACGUACACCCCCUACCCAUUCUCAGCCCAGAACUCAACCUUCAAAGAUGCCGCCACUUCGUCGUCGUUCAUACUGGGUCUCCCUCGAACCAGUUCUCCGCCGCCUUUGGAUAUGCGGCCAGAACCCCCUACUUCGAGACACUCUCGGUCGGAGUCGCAUUUAGUCAAUCUCCCGACAUCUCUGUCUUCGCCCAUCUUGCCGUCUCUACGGCCUCUUGAUUAUUCCGCCUUGGUUGGAGCGGACCAGACGCGUGCAGAGUUAGCCAGGACCAUUGAAGAUCUCAGUCGCUGUCUUGCUGUAGUCGAGGUCGGACUCAACGGCAUGCUCGAUAGUGUCCGGGGAGACGCCAUCGAGGAAGAGCAAGAGGACUCUUUCGUCGACGGUAGCUAUGCAGAUACAUUGGCAGACUACUCACACGCCAAUGGUGUAACAUCACGGUAACGCUCAUUGAUGACCAUCACGAAAAGAGGGAUACAUUUAUAUUUAGAGGGGAACAUCUCAUGUUAAUCUAUGUCUGCUUCGGCUUGCCUUCGCUGCUCCUCGUCGGAGUCCGACUCUGACGCUUCCGCCGCGUUAUUUCUACCCCAGAAACUUCCUACCCAAUUGCUGAACAUCCGGAAGGGCUGCAUAGGACGGACAAUACAAUCAGGAUAG